AAUAAGAAAGCCUUAACAAUAUUUGUGACCAAAGAAUGGAAACAAGACAAGUAUAGAAGAAAGCUCACAGACAAGGUCCUAUUUGUAGCCUGUGAAGAAGAGUGUCACCAAAUCUCACCAGAGGCUGCCUUUACUGUUGAAGAACUUAACUCAACACAAGAAGAAGCUGAUACAAGGAUUCUUCUUCAUCUCUCUCAUGCAGGCAGAUCGGAUUACAGCACAAUGAUUGUGGCAUCAGAAUACACAGAUGUCUUCAUUCUUUGUUUGUCAUUCAAGUGUGGAACACAAACAAGAGUUAGAUACAUCAGCAUCACGAGUAUAGUGCAAGCCCUAGGUCAAAACUUGGGCAGCAUUCUCCUUGGCAUGCACGCUUAUACUGGUUGCGACACCGUGAGUGCUUUUGCUGGGCAG